AUAAGCUGUCUACUGUCCGACAUUUCAUCCUAUUCACUUUAUCGGCAGAAAGACACAAAUAAAACACCAAGAAAAUUGCUUCGCGCCUCUCAACAUGGAUAAUGACGACGCAUUAUCAUCUACUACCGGAGAUGGGGAGCGCCUUACACCAACACAGUCAUUUACUACCGGAGACGGCGAACAAGACCCCACACUGACACCUAGUGUAUCAACCACGUACUAUUCGAGAUUUUCAUGCCCAUGGAAUGGAGGAACAUACUUAAUUUGCGAUCGCGAAUCAAGACUUGUCAUUACGCUCAAAGGAGGUCACUUGGGCCUACGUCCACGAGAAGAGGAGCAGAUCGGAGACAGCCAUCGUCCUGAUAGAAGCAGCCUUUGGCACUGCGUUGAGGAUGAAUCCAUGUGGCUUGGCUUCUACAACGACGCUUCAGGCAGAUUCAUCGGCCACGGUGGUGGUUGGUGGAGGGAGUGGAAAUUUGUCGCGGAAGCAGAGCGCCAUGAUCAGUGGGAGUGGUUUUGUGCACGGCAGCAUCCAGAUGGCGGACAUAUUCUUCUGGUGAAGCACUGGCACAAGCUUCUGCCGAUGGCAGUGGGAGGUAAGAAGAACAAAGAGUUGGUGGUUGAUUAUGAAGAUCGAAAAGGGACUGCAUGGGAUUUCAUUCGGAUUGAUUCUGAAAUUAAGACACCUUCAUGACUGUUUUAAGUGACAUCCAAGCAAGCCCAAUGAGAGAACAUGAGC